AUGUCCUACUUUGUUGGCUUCUGUACACAGGAAUACUCAGAAGACAGUAACUCUGAACCCAACGUUGAUCUGGAAAACCAGUACUACAACUCCAAAGCACUGAAGGAAGAUGAUCCCAAGGCAGCUCUCAGCAGUUUCCAGAAGGUUUUGGAACUGGAAGGUGAAAAGGGAGAAUGGGGAUUCAAAGCAUUAAAACAGAUGAUCAAAAUAAACUUCAAACUGGGUAAUUAUCCUGAAAUGAUGAACAGAUAUAAACAAUUGUUAACCUACAUUCGCAGUGCUGUCACCAGGAAUUACUCUGAGAAAUCCAUCAACUCGAUUCUAGAUUACAUCUCCACAUCGAAGCAGAUGGACCUUCUGCAAGAGUUUUAUGAAACAACACUUGAAGCUCUGAAGGAUGCAAAGAAUGAUCGGUUAUGGUUUAAAACAAACACAAAGCUCGGCAAGUUAUAUUUAGAAAGAGAAGAAUUUGGAAAAUUACAGAAGAUUUUACGCCAGCUACACCAAUCUUGUCAGACCGAUGAUGGAGAGGAUGAUCUGAAGAAAGGAACUCAACUACUGGAAAUCUAUGCUUUGGAAAUUCAGAUGUACACAGCACAGAAAAACAAUAAGAAAUUGAAAGCAUUAUAUGAACAGUCCUUGCACAUCAAGUCUGCUAUCCCACACCCUCUUAUUAUUAUGGGAGUCAUCAGAGAAUGUGGAGGAAAGAUGCACUUAAGAGAAGGGGAGUUUGAAAAAGCUCAUACAGAUUUCUUCGAAGCAUUUAAAAACUAUGAUGAAUCUGGGAGUCCGAGGAGAACAACGUGUUUGAAAUACCUUGUCCUAGCUAAUAUGCUCAUGAAGUCUGGAAUAAACCCAUUCGAUUCUCAGGAGGCCAAACCUUACAAAAAUGAUCCAGAAAUUCUAGCAAUGACAAAUUUAGUAAGUGCCUAUCAGAAUAAUGACAUUACUGAGUUUGAGAAGAUUUUGAAAACAAAUCACAGCAACAUCAUGGAUGAUCCCUUCAUAAGGGAACACAUUGAAGAGCUUUUAAGGAACAUCAGGACACAAGUGCUUAUAAAAUUAAUUAAGCCUUACACCAGAAUACAUAUUCCUUUUAUUUCGAAGGAGCUUAACAUAGAUGUAUCAGAUGUUGAGAGUCUGCUUGUUCAGUGCAUAUUGGAUAACACUAUCCAUGGGCGAAUUGAUCAAGUAAACCAACUCCUGGAACUGGACCACCAGAAGAGAGGAGGAGCACGAUACACUGCUUUAGAUAAAUGGACCAACCAACUGAAUUCUCUCAACCAGGCUGUUGUCAGCAAGCUUGCUUAA